AUGGGAUUGAAUAUGAAUAGUGACACGACGAAAUACAAGUGUAAGCAGUACCAACCGAGAAAAUUGCCAGUCACAGAGUUGGAGGAUAACAGAACGCAGAAUAAAAUAUUGGAGAAGUUGAGAAGAGCCGCGGAGCGAGAGAGACGGAAUUCAGAGGAAGUCGGAGUAGAAGGAGCUAAUGAAACCGGUUGUUCAGCAACCGCGAAAAUUGGCUCCAAUGCCACUCCAACCACAACCAUCCCCACAAAGAUCUGCUCACCUCAAUGCAACAGACCGCCGGCGCCGCUCAACUUCUCAAAGAGUCAUUGUCGUCACAAUAAGGCGCUUCGAAUGUUUGUCGAAGAGAACGUCGAGGCUCUCGUCACCAUCAAGCUCUUUCAAAUUUGUCAACCGAUCGUUCAACGAAUCGCCCAACAUAUGCCUGCUUCCUCGUCCAAUCAAUUUCAACAUCUAAAAAGGGAAGAUCUGCCCCCACAACACCGUAAACAGGCUCCGCCUCCACCGCUUCAAGUCUUCGUUCAUCAGAAAUUAUUUGAAGAGCAGUGCAGCAAGAUUAGAAAAGGAAGAAAUUGGAGCAAGAAGAGCCGAAGAACAAGCGGAGGGAGCGAAAAAGUUGAGGAUUCUGGAGGAAUAACGGAUUGCCGAAGAGAAUCGGAUGGAAUGGGAGAGAAUUAA